CACUAAUUAAGCUUCGGGGAAAUUCAGGAUCCAAUAACUCGCAAAUCUUUCAAAAUUCAAACAGAAUUUCUUCUUUCUUUCUGAUAGAUUCUCCCCCCAGAUUUAUCAAUGGAGGAGCCAGAAAAAACCCUAGUCGAGGUAAGAGAAGAGCUCAUGGUCUCACCCACAGGUGAAAACCCUACUUCUAGAACAGCUCACUUCCUCAAACCCACCGUCGGUUCCGGUCACACACCUCUCCCGGAGUUUCCUUUGAGCUGUGUGUCCUCUGUGAAAUCCGUCCUCAAGCCUCAAAAUUUGCCCUUGAGUGUUAGUUUUCAUGGGUGGAGAUCCAGGCCGGCGGGCUGGACUGCGUGGGUCGAAAAGAUGGCUGCUUUACAUGAACCCACAUGGAAGAAAGCCGGUAUUCACGAAGCAAUCUGGAGCUCGACCUAUCAAAUCAAGAAGAAUACGGAUUUUAUUCUUGGGGUUGCGGAGAAAUGGUGUUGUGACACCAAAAGUUUCGUCUUUCCUUGGGGGGAAACCACUAUUACCCUCGAGGAUGUGAUGAUUUUGGGGGGUUACUCGGUUUUGGGGUCCCCUGUUUUUCUGCCCCUUGAAAGUCCCAAAUUGAAAGAGGUAGAAGAGAGUUUGAAGAACUCGAGAAUCGAAAUUGUGCGGAGCAAGGCGAAGAAGGCGUGCCCCCGGUUGUGGAUGAAGAUGUUUAUGGAUAAUGGGAGCGAAUAUGAGCACGAAGCAUUUCUUGUGUUUUGGCUCUCAAGGUAUGUUUUCACCAAUGCUCAUGAAACCAUUAGGGAGCAUGUGUUCCCUAUUGCAAUCCAUUUAUCACGAGGAACUAGAAUUGCCUUAGCCCCUGCUGUUCUUGCUAGCAUUUAUAGAGAUUUGUGCUUGUUGAAAGAUGCAAUUGGUGCCUCAGCUAAAUUAGGUAAAGAAGAGGUCUUUACUCUUACCCUUUGGUCACCGUUUCAAUUAGUCCAAUCUUGGAUUUGGGAGAGAUUUGUAGACGUAAGGCCAAACCCUAAUUCAAUAGAAACUGGUCAGUUUAGAUUGGCUCGGUGGCAUGACGUCAAUUGCAAGAUUGAGAACGUGGGGUUGGCUCUAGACUCAGCUGGGGGGAGUUUCGAAUGGCGCCCAUAUGCCUCACAGAUUGAAAAUUGGAAAUCCCCCAAGUUUUAUAGAGACAAAGAAGCUUGGAUGUCAGUCAAUGCUCGUAUGGACAAAGAGCUGGAGUCCUAUGCUAGAUUCUUGAGGGCUAGUGAGCUAGUGGGACUUGACUGUUUAGAACAGUACCUUCCACACCGAGUUGCAAUGCAGUUUGGGAUGGACCAAGAUAUACCUGAUCAUGUUGCUCGAUCCAUUGAGACUCAGGAAAUUGCCUGGAGCAAAUACAGUGAACCAAUCAGUAAUGGGAAACUGUAUAUUCCAUCUCGGUUUUUCAAAGCAGGUGUUACUAGCCGGUACUCUGAGUGGUGGAAGCAGUCACUGGAGGGGUUGAAGAAUGCAGAGAAGAGUGUUGGGAGACGCAAAAGAGGUCUGAAGGGCUCUAAGAAGUCACCACUGACUUCAAAACAAAAGGAGGGUGAUACUCCUACCUGUACUGGUCUUCAUCAGAAUAGAUCAAGAAUGGUGCCUGCUGUCUCUGAAGGAAAGACAGAAAAGGAUGCACCUCAAGGUGCAAAAAGAAAUAAAAAGGGUGCCAGUCCUGCUGACUCCAACUUUUCUCUUAAAUCAAAAAGCAUGGAACAGAUUUUGAAAGAAAAUGAGGUUGGUGGUAAUAAUGACACUGCAUUUCCUGGUUCUCAUGGAGAAGUUUCGAAGAAGUUGGUAGAUAAUUUGAAAGAAAAGAAGAGAGUUGAGAAGGAAUCUGCUUUUCCUGGUUUUCCUUUGGGAGGUUCAAAAGAAUCAGCUCAAACUGUGAAAAGAAAGAAAGAAGGCAAUGGUGAGUAUGCUUCUCCUGCUUUACAUCCAAAGCGUUCAAAAAGAUCAGAAGUGAAUCAGAAAGGCUCAAAGGAAUCAGCAGGUUCCCAGGAUUUACCUUUGAGGAGUUCAAAGAGACUGCUACAGAAACAUAAUAAGGGUAGCAAUUCAUCUGUUCCUAUUGAUGGGAAGGGAGCAAAGGAUUCUCCAGAGGAUCAUAACCUGACAAUUGCAGACAUGUUAAGAUCUUGUAAGAAGCGGGGCCGUGCCAAAACUAGAGACAAAGUGAGUCAAACGUCUCCAGGUCAUUCUCAAAGUCUCUCAUCAACAGUUGCAGAUAAUGGGGGUGUUAAUUAUUUAGAGCCAUUAGCAUUAUUGGCACAAAAGGUUAUAGAGAAUGAAGCUGUGCUGAAUGGAUCUAAGAGAGCUCAGGACAUUGUCCUUGAGGAUCAAAGAGAACUGCUGACGGUGCAGGAUGAAGCUUUGCGGGCUGGAUCAAAGAAAGCUGUGGAGGACAAACAUGAUGGCAAUGCAGAAAGCCCAGCUCGCCAACUGCUAAGCAUCAAUGGCCACAGGGAGGGUAGUAGCUCUGCAAUUGAUAUACUGGGAUUAUCACUUGAAGCUCGAAUUAGCAGGCUUGAGAGAAUGGUUGCAGAGCUGAAAGCAGCAAGAUUUGAUAAUAACAAACAUUAAGUCCAACUGGCUGGUGAACAUUGUGGCUCAGUAAAUUUAGCCUUCACUAGACAGCAUGAAUUGAGGUAAAUGGUUCUGCUUCGUGGAGCUGAGAUCCAGUAUUUGCGACCUUCAACCCCAUCUGCUUCCGAUAUUUUGUUUGUAGUUUAUUACCCGUUUGUUGUACCUCUGGAAUGUUGUUUCUAGCUUAGUGCAUGUUAUACCUAGGCACCGACUAUUGGACUCAUUACAGUUUAAGCUUUUUACAAUAAGUGACUAUCUUAUUCACCAUUAGCAUCAAGUUGUACUCUUAUUACUAUCUGCUUUUGCUUUAUAUAUUUCAUUACUCAGGUUAUGUAUGUUUCAUUUGGUUCUGUUUUGAUUCAUUAUUUCUUCUAUUAUCAUGGGAUGUUCGUGUGGCUUUUCUUGGUCAGUUUUGAACUAUUUAUUAAGGGAGAAGAAAUAACUAAGCUUCAGUCUA